UCCAUCCCCGUCUCCAGUCCCCCCCUUUCUCUCUAUGUAUAUAUAUAAGCAAUGGAGCCUGAAACAGCGAGCGGGGUGGGCUCGCGGUGGCGGACGAUGCAGCGGCUGGGUGCGGCGGUUGAGGCGCGUCCGAUGGUAGUGUAGCUCUUAACAUUAACAUUAUUUGGUUUUACAACUUCACAGUAGUGUAGCUCUUUCAUGUCAUUUGUAAUCAAUUAUCUGUAUAAAUUUAUGGCUGAGGCGAUGAGCUCACCUAUAGGCUGUAGGUUGGCUGCCUACCUACUAAAACUCCAUAGUUUUACAACUUCAUAGUAGUGUGCAGUGUGGGCUUCUGCUACAACUACUAAAACUCACCACCAGCCAUGGCCUGGAAAAUGAAUGCUGCUUCAUUCAGCUCUCUCGCGGUCUUCUUCACCUCCAUGCUUUUUCUCCUGCUUGUGUGCUCUCGCUUGCACUUUUCAGAAGCUCAGUCCUCGGCUCAAAUCGUGAGCGGCCUUUCCUGGACCUUCUAUGAGUCCAGCUGUCCUAAGCUCGAAGACAUCAUCCAGAAACGCCUCAAUAAGGUCUUCAAUGAUGACAUCGGCCAAGCUGCCGGCAUCCUCCGCCUCCACUUCCAUGAUUGCUUUGUUCUGGGAUGCGAUGGUUCAGUAUUGCUUGAUGGAUCAGCCAGUGGGCCAAGACUGAGCAGGACACUCCUCCGAACCUGAGCCUAAGAGCAGAGGCGUUCAAGAUCAUCAACGAUCUUCGAGAGCGCGUCCACAAGAAGUGCGGCCAAGUCGUCUCCUGCGCCGACAUCACUGCCUUCGCUGCUCGCGACGCCGUUUACCUGGUAAAUUUCUUCCAAACAUGACGGGGUUAACUUGGAGAUGAAAAAAAUGAAGUUCUUAGUUCUUACGCUAUCUUCAAUAUUAAUUAAUUGAAGUAAAUUCAAGUUAGGAUCAAAUCAUACAUUAAUUCAUUCAUAAAUCAAGAAAAAAUAAAAUAAAAAAUGAAAUAUUCCACUUAAUUUGUAAUUUAGCCAAAGAAAAAAAAAACAAAUUCUUCCUUUAACAUAAUUUUUGUAUAUGUGUCUGUUCUAUAAAUAUCAAGUGCGGUGUGUGUGUUGUGUGUAUAUAUUAUGUAUAUGUGUGUUGUAUUAUGUGACGGUCAAAAUGGGUGUGUCUAAAGGCGCACAUAGAGAGAGAGUGUGUGUGUGUGGCGGUGGGUCGGCGGCCGACCUUGACAAUGGCAGUGGGUGCGUGUUUAUAUUAUGUGUGUGUAUUUAUAUUAUGCAUAUAUGUGUGUUCUGUGUGUAUAUAUUAUGUAUAUGUGUGUGUUCUGUGUCACGGUCAAAAUGGGUGUGUGAGAGAGAGAGUGUGUGGCAGUGGGUGUGUGUUUAUAUGAUGUGUGUGUGUGUUUAUAUUAUGUGUAUAUGUGCGUUUCGUGUGUGUAUAUAUCUAUAUAACCUUGGCAAUGGCAGUGGGUGUGUGUUUAUAUUAUGUAUAUGUGUGUGUUUUGUGUGUGUAUAUUAUGUGUGUAUAUUUAUGUAUUUCAUGUAUUUUGUA